CGCAAAACCCCUUCGAGAUGCACCGAAGGCGAUACGCCUCGUACGUGUCACAACCUUAUUAGCAUUCAAAUUUUAAGUGGUCACGAAGGAACACGCGCUCGAAAGCGAAGGGGAUCCCCGCCAUUGAUCCUAGUUUGUUUAGUUUGCAGAAAUGUUCGCGCGUGGUCGGACCCACGGCAUUGUUUACCUCUGGUAAUUUUCACCGAGAUACCUGGGUCGUUACUCGAUCGAGUCGGCCAUGCGUUUUGUGCAGUUUGUCGCGUUGCCUCUGGUCCUCCUCAAUUGCGAUUUCGGAGUCUGCUUGUAUUACGCAGACCCAUGCGUUAUCGAGAAGAACGGCAAAGUGGGCAUCUGCAAGUACUACAGCGAAUGCGAGGAGGCCAUCAGGGAACUACAGCUUGGCCACUAUCCCCAAAUUUGCGGCUUCGAGUGGUCCAAAUCGAUAGUAUGCUGCGUGCAGAAGGGGGACUUGAAAGAGCCUCCGCCGAAACCGAAACCGACUAGAAAGCCUGGCGAAAUAUCCUUGGCGAAAUGCAAGGAGUACAGCCAGUACGUUUGGGUCACGGAACCGUCUUAUAUAGGAAUACCCGAUGAAGAGGACACUGUGAGGUACGACUGUCCGUUCGAUAAGAUCGAACUGAUCGUCGGUGGCACCGAGGCCACUGCCCAGGAGUUCCCCCAUAUGGCUCACAUAGGUUACCAGGGUGAGGCCGAGAUAAUGUGGUUCUGCGGCGGAUCACUGAUCAGUGAGCAGUUCGUACUCACGGCGGCUCACUGCCUCACUGACAGGAACUGGGGCGAAGCAAAGUACGUGAGGGUGGGGUUCAUUAAUGUAGACGAUCUCAUCAACGUUCAGCAGUUCGAAGUCGCCGACAGGAUAAAACACCCAGACUACGUCCUACCGGCCCACUACAACGACAUUGGUUUACUGAAGCUUCACAAAGCAGUAGAAUUGAACUCCUUCGCCAGACCGGCUUGUCUCCACUACGAUAAUCGAUUACCCGACAGUAAAGUGAUAGCCUCGGGCUGGGGCAGACUGGGUACUUUCACCGACAGCAGCAAAUUGUUGCUAAAGGUCGUGUUGGAGUUAUUCAGUCAGCCCGAAUGCAACCAGACGUUCAAAAGGCUGGCGGGUAAGUCCAAACUGAAAGAUGGCAUCAGAGACGACGUAAUGAUUUGCGCGGGGUCGAGGAAAAUCAUAGGAGACACCUGCGAGGGCGACUCCGGAGGUCCCCUUCAGGUCUACAAAGAGGAAACGAACGAUAUCAAAUGUAUGUACGACAUACUGGGGAUCACAUCGUUCGGUCAAGCCUGCGGGCUAGCGCCCAACGUGCCGGGAGUAUACACCAGAGUGUCCCGUUACAUACAGUGGAUCGAAGAUAAAGUUUGGCCACCUUAAUCGAACAAAAAAACAUACGCUGAUGAAAUUUACAAUACAUUAAUGGUACUUCCUCUCUUGCAAAAUCGAAAAUUAAGCGGCAGUACCGCCGUAACCAUGAUGCCGCGCGUAAUUCCCCUGGCGGUGAUUUUCGCGAUUCAACUUAUCGGCGCUAAGGAAAUCGGACGGGUCUUUCGAAAUGACCGCGUCGCGAAAAUCGUCACCCCACCCCUAAGCGAUCAAGACCAGAACAACGCGUUCCCAGCGAGUCCAGUCCUGGUCCCGUCCACACCUUCGACACCCCAAACCGAGCUAACGGAAUGGGUGACGCCAGAGAGUACCGUUUCCACCAUCAGUACCGCCGCUACCACGAGUCAAUCGGUUACCGGAAGUAGCUGGUCGCCCGAGAUUAUCCCAUUGAGUGGAGGAGUCCGCAUCAACUCCGCCAUCGUGGUACCUCCCACCGAAGACACUGUGGCGGUAUCAGCGGAAGUGCUGGAACGGGCAAAAGACAUUUUUGAAACAAAAUGCGACAAUUACUACUCCCAAUCUACGACGACGUCUUCAGCGCCAACUUUUCGUGUGAUGGUGAUCGGAGGAACUAAUUCUGGUCAAAAGGAAUUUCCCCAUAUGGCAGCGUUGGGGUUCGGAAGCCAGGACAACAAGCAGUGGCUCUGCGGCGGUAGCCUGGUGAGCGAGAACUACGUCAUCACGGCCGCGCAUUGUGUCUCAGUUGAAUCCAUCGGCGAUGUGCAGUUCGUGAAGUUGGGAACGCUAAAUCUACAACAAGACACCGAGAACACUCAAGAAUACACCGUAAUACGCAGACUUCGUCAUCCAAACUUCGACGCUCUAACCCAGUAUAACGACCUCGCUCUGUUAGAGCUCGACAAGCCCGUGACGCUUACCGAAUACGUCACGCCUAUAUGCAUUUUCACGUCAAGUGAUUACGGCGACAAAAAUCUUGUCGCCACCGGGUGGGGCAAAACUGCGUAUUCGGGGGGCGGCGGCAGCGCCGACCUCCAGAAGGUCGGGUUGGAGCUGUUCGAGCAGAGAGAAUGUCAGACGGCUUAUCGGGAAGUUUCAAAAAGACAACUGCCAAAGGGGAUAGUAGAAGAUGAGCAGAUAUGUGCCGGCAGUAGGACUCAGAGUAAAGACACUUGUCAGGGUGAUUCUGGCGGACCGCUUCAAAUACGCAGCAACAACAGAUGGUACCUUGUCGGCAUAACCUCAUUCGGUAUUGAAUGCGGAAACAUCAACGUUCCGGGGGUUUACACCAGGGUGUCGCAUUAUACGCGUUGGAUACGGGAAACUAUUUGGAAUACCAAGUAAAAUUUUACCAUGCGACGUAUGCUUUGAUUGAUGAUUAAACAAUUUAAUGCGAUUUCUGUGUGGCAGAUAAACGCUGU